AUGUUUCUCGAGAAGUCGGACCAGCAGAUCUCCAUUCUCUCCUUCAUGUCAGACAAUAAUCCCCAGCGCUCUCAGCGCCCUACGACAGCGCCGAUGGCAAAUGGUUUCGCGAUGCCCGUGCAACCGUUCACGGCGUCGCCCACACAGUAUACGCUCUUCAACUCGCAACAGACUCCUCCUAUCAAUCCAGAGACCGCCACGCCCAGUAACACGUCGCCAACGUCUCCGCGAUCAGGCGUUCCGGCGCAUGUGCAGCAGCAGUCGAGCCAUCUGCGACCGCGCAAGUCCCCAAUGUAUGUGCCAGCGGUUCUGAGGGCUACCGAGCCCCCGCGGAGGACAGCCAGACAGUCGCCCUUGACCCCGCCACUCAGCAAGGACAACAACCUUGAUGAAUGGGAAACGGCGCGGACAUUGAGUAGAAAGCAGAGUGGCGACAGUGGAAAAUCCGGGUUGGGUGAAAUUGUGGAAGCGGAAUGGAGUAGCCUAGGACUGGGAGAAGUGACGGCCUUGCCCACGAGAAAACACUGGAAGCCCGACGCCGAAUCCGCCAUCUGCGACGACACGACCUGCCACGCCUACUUCGGCCUCCUCUCGCGCAAACACCACUGCCGCCGCUGCGGCAACAUCUUCUGCGGCCGGCACUCCUCCCACGCCGUCCCCCUCGACCAAGACGCGAACUAUCACCCUGAAGGCGCCAAGGUGCGGGCCUGCGAAUACUGCUAUGGCGAUUACCUGCGCUGGAAGAUCGCUCUGAGCAGCCGUUCCAACAGCGAGAGCUCGGAUCCCAAUGAGCCGCCGACGCCGACGGUGAGCUGCCCGGCGAGUCGAGUGGCUCGACUCGGGAGUGUUUUCGGCAUGGGACCAGGGGAGCCACAGAGCCUGGCGGCGAGCGUUCCCCGAGACUGGCACUGGAGCACAUUUUGA